AUGGAUAUCGACGAGCUGUUUGAAGUCUUUGACAAACCGGCAUCGGGGCCGUCACGGCCGCAGGGGGACCGCGCCACAACGCCUGGCGACGCCAGCCGCAAGCGCAAGGCCGGGGGCCUCUCCGACGUGUCCGCCGAGGUAGCCAACAAAGCCGCCAAGGACGUGCCGGCGAUCCCAACCGGGGAAGCGUCCAACGACGCCGAUAUUUCCUCGGCGGCCGAAGAUGUUCCCAUGAACGAGGACGACGAAGAGGACGAGGUCGAGGACGAGGAUGAGGAGAAUACCAGCGGCGAUGGCCAUGGCGUCGACAAGCAGAACAAGCGCCGUAAGAAGGACGGCGAGGCCGAGCCUGUGCUGACCGACACCUUCCAGACGGCCGAGUCGCGUGAGGUGGCACCGGCGUCUGGUUUUGCCCCGCAGAAGGAGACCGAGUCGCUCGUGCUGCAGCACAACAUCCAGCACCAGGUGGCCCUCCCGCCCGACCUCAACUAUGAAUACGUUCCCCUCUCCGAGCACAAGCGGCCCGCCGAACCCGCGCGCGAGUAUCCCUUCGAGCUCGACCCGUUUCAGAGCAUGGCGAUUUCGUCAAUCGAGCGCGAAGAGAGUGUCCUGGUGUCUGCGCACACCAGUGCCGGCAAGACGGUCGUCGCCGAGUACGCCAUCGCGCAGUGCUUCAAGCGCAACCAGCGUGUCAUCUACACAAGCCCCAUCAAGGCGCUCAGCAACCAAAAGUUUCGUGAUUUCAUGGGCGAGUUUGGCGACGUCGGCCUGAUGACGGGCGACAUCACCAUCAACCCCACGGCGAGCUGCCUCGUCAUGACCACGGAGAUUCUGCGGUCCAUGCUGUACCGCGGCUCCGAGAUUAUGCGAGAGGUGGCCUGGGUCGUCUUUGACGAGAUCCACUACAUGCGGGACAAGUCUCGCGGUGUCGUCUGGGAGGAGACCAUUAUUUUGCUGCCCGACAAGGUCCGCUACGUGUUCCUGUCGGCCACCAUUCCGAACGCGUUCCAGUUCGCCGAGUGGAUAGCUAAGAUCCAUCGCCAGGCGUGCCACGUCGUGUACACCGAUUUCCGUCCGACGCCCCUGCAAAACUACUGCUUCCCCGCCGGCGGCGACGGCAUCCUGCUCGUCGUGGACGAGCGCGGUGUCUUCAAGGAGAAGAACUUCAACACCGCCAUGGCGCUGGUGGAGCAGAACAAGGGCGCCGAUCCGGCCGACCCCAACGCCAAACAGAACGGCCGCGGCAAGAACAAGAAGAUCAACAAGGGCGGCGGAAACGAGUCGACAUCCGACAUCUACAAGAUCAUUCGCAUGAUCAUGAAGAAGAACUUCCACCCCGUGAUUGUUUUCAACUUUAGCAAGCGCGAGUGCGAGAUGCUGGCGCUCAAGAUCUCCGGCAUGAACUUCAACAACGAGUCUGAGCAGGCCCUGGUCACCAAGGUCUUUGAGAACGCCAUUGACACCUUGUCCGAGACCGACCGUGAGCUGUCGCAGAUCACACACCUGCUGCCGCUGCUUCGCAAGGGCAUCGGUGUGCAUCACUCGGGCCUGCUGCCCAUCCUCAAAGAGAUUGUCGAGAUCCUGUUCCAGGAGAACCUGAUCAAGGUCCUGUUCGCGACAGAAACCUUCUCCAUCGGCCUGAACAUGCCCGCCCGCACGGUCGUGUUCACGCAGGUGCGCAAGUUCGACGGCGUCUCCAUGCGGCCGCUCACGUCGUCCGAGUACAUCCAGAUGUCUGGUCGUGCCGGCCGUCGUGGCCUCGAUGACCGCGGUAUUGUCAUCAUGAUGGUGGACGACAAGCUCGAGCCCGAAACGGCCAAGGCCAUUGUCGCCGGCAAGCAGGAUCGUCUUAACUCGGCGUUCCACCUCGGCUACAACAUGAUCCUGAACCUGCAACGUAUCGAGACGGUGUCGCCCGAGUACAUGCUGGAACGCUGCUUCUUCCAGUUCCAGAAUGCCGCCAGCGUGCCCGCCUUUGAGAAGGAGCUCAAGGCGCUGCAGCACGAGCGUGACAGCACCAUCAUUCCGGACGAGAACACGGUCAAGGAGUACUACAAACUUCGGCAGCUCAUCGAAGAGUACCGCAAGGACAUGGUCCUCGUCAUGCAGCACCCCAACUUCUGCCUGCCGUUUUUGCAGCCGGGCCGGCUGGUGCACAUCAAGACGCCGGGCAGCGGCGAGGACUUUGGCUGGGGCGCCGUCCUGAGCUUCUCUCAGCGCCGUGCGCCCAAGCGUGGCGAGGACGAGGUUCCACCGCAAGAGUCGUAUUGCGUGGACGUGGCGCUCUUCAUCUCGGACAGCAAGAGCGCACAAAGCAUCGCACCCGGCUUCCCGCUGGGUGAGAUGGCGCCCGGUGCCGUGCCGUGGGUCGACAAUGCCAACAGCAGCACCGCGAGCGGGAGCGAAGACAACGGCAGCGGCGACAACACGAGCGGCAACGACAAGAACUCCAAGGCGUCCAAAGCCUCCAAGGCGUCCAAGGCGUCCAACAAGAAGGAGGACAAGGACACCAACAAGGAGAAGAGCAACAUGACCGACGCCCGUGUCGAGAUCGUUCCCUGCUUGCUGUCGACCAUUGUCGCCAUGAGCAAGCUGCGCAUCUUUAUGCCGGACAAUGUGACCAAGUCGGCCGGCAAGGACCGGACCGGCAAGGUCAUCCGCGAGGUGCAGCGCCGGUUCCCCGACGGCAUCCCGGUCCUCGACCCCAUCGAGAACAUGAAGAUCAACGACGAGUCGUUCAAGAAGCUAAUCCGCAAGAUCGAGCUACUCGAGGCCAAGCUGCUCGCGAAUCCGCUGCACGGCUCGCCCAUCCUGCCGGAGCUGUGGGAAAAGUACCACCACAAGGUGGACCUGGGCGAGAAGAUCAAGGAGAAGAAGAAGGCCAUUGCGCAGGCACACAGCAUCGCGCAGCUCGACGAGCUCAAGUCGCGCAAGACGGUGCUGCGGCGCCUGGGCUUCAUCAACGAGGACGACGUGGUGCAGCUCAAGGCCCGCGUGGCGUGCCAGAUCUCGUCGACCGAGGGCCACGAGCUGCUGCUGUCGGAGCUGCUGUUCAACCGCUUCUUCAACGACCUGUCGCCCGAGGUGGUGGCGUCGGUCAUGACGUGCUUCCUCUUUGACGAGAAGGUGGAGGCGCCCGAUCUGAAGGAGGACCUGGCCAAGCCGCUGCGCGAGAUCAAGUCCCAGGCAAAGAUCAUUGCCAAGGUCAGCCAGGAGAGCAAGCUGGACAUCAACGAGGAGGAGUACGUGGCCAGCCUCAAGUGGCAGCUGAUGGAGACGGUCCUGGCGUGGGCCAAGGGCGCCUCGUUUGCAGACAUUUGGUAA